GAACCACUUUGUGUUAUAUUAUGUGCUUCUUGAUUCAACCACAGCCUCUCAGACCAUAUCCAUAAUCCAAAAAAACAGAUCACAUUACAACCUCACAUUUCAUUUGUAUCAAAUCACUUUUGUCUAGAUUUAUAAGUUGUGUUUUUGGAUAAAUGGGUGAGGAUUUUGAGAUUCCGAAUAUUGCUGGAAAAUUCGACGAGAGUGAGGAAGAAAACGACAAGAUGGAUGUGAAAGACAGAGAGGAGAAGGAGAUUGGAAAAGAUGGGUUGAAGAAAAAGAUUGUUAAAGAAGGUGAUGGAUAUGAAACACCUAUUUAUGGCGAUGAAGUUGCAGUUCAUUAUGUGGGAAGUUUACUUGAUGGGACUCGGUUUGAUUCAAGCUAUGAUAGGGAGAUGCCAUUUAAGUUCAAGCUUGGGCUUGGACAUGUGAUCCAAGGAUGGGAUGACGGUAUCAAGACAAUGAAGAAAGGAGAAAAAGCUCUGUUCACAAUACCUCCUGCACUUGCAUAUGGUGAAUCUGGAUCACCUCCCACCAUCCCUCCUAACUCAACACUUCAGUUUGAAAUCGAGUUGCUCUUGUGGACCAAAGUGAAGGAUAUAUGCAAAGAUGGAGGCAUAUUGAAGACUAUACUGACUGAAGGAGAGGGUUGGCAGACUCCUAAAGAUGCUGAUGAAGUGCUAGUCAAGUAUGAGGCCCGACUUGAGGAUGGAAUCCUAGUUUCGAAGUCUGAUGAAGUUGAGUUCAUUGUGAAGGAUGGGUGUUUCUGUCCUGCUGUGUCAAGAGCUGUGAAAACAAUGAAGAAGGGAGAAAAAAGUCUCCUUGCUGUGAAGCCACAAUAUGCAUUCGGAGAGAAUGGCAUGGAAGCAGCAGGUGAUAAUGAAUGUCUUGUGCCACCAAACACCAUCCUUCAAAUAACGCUUGAAUUGAUUUCAUGGAAUACCAUUUCUGAGGUUACAACUGACAAAAAGGUUUUAAAGAAAAUAUUGAAAGAGGGGGAAGGCUAUGACCGCCCAAACGAUGGUGCAGUCGUUCAAGUGAAAAUGAUCGGGAAACUCGAAGAUGGAAGUGUGUUUGUGAAAAGAGGGUAUGAUGAGGUACCAUUUGAGUUCAAAGUAGACGAAGAACAAGUCAUUGAGGGACUUGAUAGAGGUGUACAGACCAUGAAGAAAGGUGAAGUUGCACUGCUAACUAUUCAUCCAGAAUAUGCAUUUGGUUUAACCGAAACACAUCAGGAAUCCGUUACUGUUCCUGCAAGUUCCACUGUUUUUUAUACGGUUGAGUUGGUUUCAUUUGAAAAGGAAAAAGACACGUGGGAGCUAACUACACAAGAAAAGAUUGAAACUUCCAGGAGAAAGAAAGAAGCAGGAAACACACUUUUCAAGAAACAGAAAUACGAAAGAGCUUUAAAGAGAUACGAGAAGGCUCUCAGUUUCAUCGAAUAUGACUCCACAUUCAGUGAAGAUGAGAAAAAGCAAGCCAGGGUGCUUAAAAUCAGCUGCAACCUUAACAAUGCCGCAUGCAAGCUAAAACUGAGAGACUACAAACAAGCGGUAAAGCUUUGCACAAAGGUCUUAGAUGCUGACAGCAAGAACGUUAAGGCACUUUAUAGGAGAGCCCAGGCAUACAUCCGGCUUGUUGAUUUAGAUCUUGCAGAGAUGGAUAUCAAGAAAGCACUUGAGAUUGAUCCUGAUAAUAGGGACGUGAAGUUGGAGUACAAGCUAUUGAAAGAAAAAGUGAAGGAAUACAACAAGAAAGAUGCACAGUUUUAUGGCAAUAUUUUCACGAAAAUGAACAAACUAGAGCACCUUGAUACUGCUAAUGGAGCAAGAAAUAAGGAGCCCGUGUCAAUGACGAUUGAUAGCAAAGCAUGAUGAACUAUUCUUUGCUGCUUCUUUUUGAUAUUCAGUCAUGGUUAAUAACUAGUAAGUAGGAAAAAAAAGGUUCAGUUAUUAAAGUUAAUCACACGUGUUUAGCUAGUUGAGGUUUCAUCAUGAAAUUUUGCAGCGUUAUUUAGAAAAAAAUGGAAAUUGAAAAAUAAUAAGAUCCCACUAAUUUUGAAA